GUACCGUUAGGAGAACGUUUCCGCGAGUGGAACUCCCACCGGGCUUUCUCUCAACCCUCCGCCUCUUUAAGUCUGUCCCACAUCUGACUGCCUUUGAUUCUUCCGUUUGCUCAGCGCUUUGCACUCUGCCCCUCGUGGAAUUUGCCAAUUCUCCUGUCUCCGGUGCGUAAAACAGCCGCUGCGCGCCGCUCGGAUAAAACAAUGUAGCUGCGCUUUUACGCACGAAGCGGUCUCUCCCCCCCACCCCAAAAAAUGGACCUAAAAUCCGAACUCCUGAAGUCCAUCUGGUACGCGUUCACGUCUCUGGACGCAGAGCAGUGCGGGAAAGUGUCCAAGUCGCAGUUAAAGGUGCUUUCUCACAACCUUUACACUGUGCUGAACAUCCCACACGAUCCGGUCGCCCUGGAGGAACAUUUCCAGGAUGAUGACGACGGCCCGGUGUCCAAUCAUGGCUACAUGCCCUACCUCAACAAAUACAUACUGGAUAAGGUGAAAGCGGGGACAUUUGACAAGGAGAAGUUUGAUGACCUGUGCUGGAUGAUGACGAUGAAGAAGAACUUCACCGGCGUCCUGCAGAACGGGCUGCUGACUGAGAGGAACUGCUUCAAACUCUUCUGCUUGUUCAACCUUCUGUCCGAGGACCAUUACCCACUGGUGAUGAUUGUGGAAGAGGUGGAGUAUCUUCUGAAGAAAAUCUCCACGGCAGCGAGCCACGAGUGGGACGGAAAGCUCCUGGAAGACCUGAUUUCCCAGGAUCCCGCAGUGCAGGAGGAGGGCAUGUCUGUGUGGAGCUUCCUGGCGCACAUGAAUGCGGGUCGCUUGCUGAGGGUCACCAAUAGCGAGGCUUUCAGCCUGGCUCUGAAUGAGGUGUUUCUGGAGAUGUACCACAACGUGCUCAAGAGAGGCUACAUGUGGAAAAAGGGGCACAUGAGGAGGAACUGGACGGAGCGCUGGUUUGUGCUGAAGCCCUCUUCCAUGGCUUACUACGUGGGCGAGGCCCUCAAGGACAAGAGAGGGGAAAUCCAGCUGGAUAAGAGCUGUGUCGUUGAGCCUAUCCCAGAUAGGGAAGGGAAGCGGUGCCUGUUCUGUGUGAAAACCCACAACAAAACCUAUGAAAUGAGCGCGUCCGACCAGAGGCAGAAGGUCGAGUGGAUUCAAGCCAUUCAGACAGCCCUCCGUCUUCAAAGUGAGGGAAAGUCCUCCCUACACCACGAACUCAAGCUGAAGAGGCGCAUGCUGCGAGAGCACAAACACCAAGAGCGCAGCCGCAGCUCCCGCAGCAGCUGCAGCAGCCGCAGCAGCCGGAGCAGCCAAUCAGACGAGCUGAGCGUCCAGGAAACGGAGAGGAUAGAGAAAGAACGACAAGACCUGGAGAUAGAGAACAUCAUUCAGCACGCACGAGAACUGGAGAAUCGACGAAGGGAAGCGGAGGAGAGGGAGAGGAGGAAACAGAAGGAGGUGCAGAUGGACCUGGAGAGGCAGCUGAAGGAGGCUGAGAUGCUGAGAGACAGCAUGCAGGCCGAGAUGCAGGAGAAGGAGAGGACGGCGGAGCAGCAGAAACGGAGGAUCCAGGAGCUGGAGAUGACUCAGCAGAAACUGGAGGCCGCUCUGAACAUGGAGAUCCAGGCUCGGCUGGAGGAGGAACGAGCCAGACUGGAGCUGGAGAUGUUGCUGCAGGCUGAGGAGGAGAAAAAGCAGCAGUUUAAGCUCCUGCAGGAUAAGCAGAGGGACUUGAGGAGACUCAGUCCUGCGCUGGAGGCCUCAGACGGCAGUGCAGACGAGGACACCCCCUCGGCGCUCUACUCGGCCUCCCAGGAGCUUCAGGAUCUGCAGGCGUCACGCCAGAGGAGCCACCAGCACCUAGAGGAAGUGCAGGAGAGGCUGAGGAACGCCACUCAGCACGUACGCCACUGGAACGUCCAGCUGAAUCGCCUCAUGAAGCCCAUUGCUCCAGGAGAGCGUUUGGACAGCCGGAUGACAUCAAAAUACUUUUGCCCGCGGACGGAGGGAGCUCUGGCAAGCAACGAGUUCAUUUCCAAAUACAAGAUAAGAGAUGAUCAGAACAGCCAGAUAGGACCAGAAGAAUGUGAGGGACUGGAGGAGCAGAUGGGGGCCGCCCACCUGUCAGAUGCAUCAGAGGAAUCCCUGGGAAAGCCCAAUGGGCUGCUGUGAUCGCCACAGAGACAGAUAAAAGGAUUUAUUUUUACAUUUAGAAAUGUCAAGGGAAAAAAAUGUAACUUUAAACCACAAAAAAUCAUUUUUCCCAAUCAAACUUGUUUACAAACUGUCCAUCAUAGAGACAACUGUUCAGUCUCAUCCUCAAACAUGACAUUAGAGAAUUCUGCUUUGUGCCAACCAAGAAACUAUGGAAAAAUAUGAUUUAUAGAUAAAUAUGGAGGGUUGUGACUAAAAAAUUAUUCAGCAUUUAAUUAAAACAUAAAUUACUAAAACAAACUUUCACAAUUUUGUACCAAACAAAUUGUUGUUGUAAACUGUUCUGUGAUAUGUAUCAUUUUCAUGUAUUCUGUUUAAAUUAAAUGUAAAAAAGACUGAA